AUGGCGGAGUUGGUCGUUGGCCAGAGGGUGAAGGUCCGCCCGAAGGCGGGCCCGGCCCAGGAGGGCGUCGUGUACACCCACGACGCCCUCACGAACACCAUCACGAUCAAGCAGGACAUCCCCAACACAAAGACGCACAGCACCAUCCUGGUGUACAAUCGGGCGCACGUCCAGAUCGACGUGGUGCCCGGAGCUCCCGUGGUGGACGACUGCAUGGCGUUGCCGAACAUCAGCGGCCGGGAGUUGGACAGGAAGGAGAACAAGGCACUCCAGGAAGCGACGAAGGCAUGGGCACAGAUCAAUCCGGGCGCCACCAACGAAGGACAAGCCAUUUUCGACCUUUUCACCAAGACUUUGGACUGCUCGUGGAGCGACCAGAGCAUCGUGAUCUUGGAGUCCGUGAGGAUAGACCCCCCCUACACGGCUGAUAGUUGUCGCAGCUUGGAUGGAGACAAGCCAGGCCUCGACAGAGCGCUUCUAAUGCUGGGCAAAUUUCGAAAACAGCUGGAGGGGCCGAAGUCGGGCUGA